AUGCUGUUUCUGGACUCUCUCCUGCUAGCCGGAGAGCGGGCGGCUUCAAUGGAAUAUGGACAAGUCGUGACGCUUGAACUUCCCAGUGGACACUGACAAGCUUGGAAGCUUUGGCCUAGACACAGUAAAGGCAUGUCGAGGAAGCAACAGCAAGUCUAUUCCGAACUCUACAAAUGCUUUUACCCAAUCUUCACCUUUCAAGCAGAACCUUCUGCACUUCGACGAGAUCCAUCAGUUGGAGAAACCAAAUUAGACAGAAGCAACUGGUGUCCCAAGUGUCCUCAAUUCUCUUACAGAGGCAUAAUUGGGUUCCUCUUCUCCGCACCUUCAACCUCUCUUCCAAGCUAACCCAAUCCCUCUUUCUCCAAAUCCUGCGUAAAACACAAACCAACCCACAAAUCUCUAUAAAUUUCUUCACCUGGGCCAAGACAAAUCUGGGUUUUCAACCAGAUCUACGAUCCCACUGUGAAAUUAUUCGAAUUGCUCUGGAGUUUGGGCUUUUCCGACCCGCAAAGCCCUUCCUGGAUUCUCUCACUCGAUCCGAACCCACGGCGAUGUUGGUACAGUCAAUGAUUCAAGCAUGUAGAGGUAAAGAGUCUCUAUCCCAGGUAUUAAGUUUUGUUCUCGAGGGUUACGCAAAUAAAGGUCUGAUUAUGGAAGGCUUAGAUGUAUUUAAGAAGAUUAGAGCUUAUGACGACGUUCCUUCAGUUCGCGCUUGCAAUGCAUUGCUUACUGCGUUAGAGCAAGCAAAUGAGGUGAGAACGGCAUGGUGUUUCUUCGGCGCAGUGAUUCGCGGUGGGGUUUCUAUUGAUACUUUCACGUGGGCAUUGGUCACUCGGAUUCUUUGUAAAAAUGGGAAAUCAGCGAUAAUUGCGAGAAUGUUAGAUAGUGGUAUUUAUAAUUCUGUUGUAUAUAAUGUAAUUAUUGACCUUUAUUGCAAAAGAGGUAAUUUUAUGGAUGCAAUUGAUCGGUUAAAUGAGAUGAGUGAUAGAAACCUACACCCAGGUUUCAGUACUUACAGCUCAAUUCUUGAUGGGGCUUGUAAAUAUGGGAAUGUGGAAGUGAUUCAGACAAUAACAAGUACUAUGGUCGAAAAGGGAUUGCUUUUGACGUGUCCUUCUGAAUAUGAUUCAAUUAUUCAGAAACUCAGUGACUUGGGGAAGACCUAUGCAGCCGAGAUGUUCUAUAGGAGAGCUCAGGAUGAGAAUUCUGGAUUAAAGGAUGCUACUUAUGGGUGUAUUCUGAAGGCAUUGUCCAGGGAAGGCAGGCAAAUGGAGGCAACUGAGGCAUACUACACCAUUUCAAAAAUGGGGCGUAUGGUGAAUGAUAGUAGUUAUUCUGCAUUUGUAAAUGUUAUUUGCAGGGAGGAUCCAUCUGAGAAUGUGAGUGAGUUAUUGAGACAUAUGAUCCAAAGAGGUUUUAAUCCUUGUGCAUCUGAAUUAUCUAAAUUUAUAACAGCCCAAUGUAAGAAGGGUAGAUGGGGAGACGCAGAGGAAUUGUUGAAUGUAAUUUUGGAGAAAGGGUCCUUGCCAGAUUAUUCUUGCUGCUGUUUGUUGAUAAAACAUUAUUGCAAUAGUGGACAGGUUGAUUCAGCUAUUGUAUUGCAUGAUAAGAUUGAAAAAUUGAAUGGGAAAUUGGAUGUAACGACAUAUACUGUACUUCUUAAUGAACUUUUUUUAGAGAGGAGGAUUGAGGAAGCAGUGAAUGUAUUUGAUUACAUGAGGAGACACAGUUUGUUGAACAGUUUGAGUUUUUCUAUAAUGAUCAGUGGGCUUUGUCAUGAAAAGGAACGGAGGAGAGCUAUGAAGUUACAUGAUGAAAUGGUGAAGAUGGGGUUUAAACCUGAUGAAGCAUCGUAUAAACAUUUGAUAACUGGAUUUAUGUAGUACACAGUGAUUUUAGAUUAUUUGGAUUCAAUCUUUAGCCGUUCAUCAUGGUUUGACUGCUGACUUGUACCUUUAAUGUCAUGGGCUUAACACUUAGCAGUUCGAUACACAAUCACUCUCUGUGGCAAUUUCAAUGGCAUCUUGGGUAUUCAUUGCCAUUUAUUUCAGUGCAUAACACCUAGAGUUCGUUCGGCCUUUGCUGAAGCAUCCAAUUUUGGGUUGCAAAAGGUUAGGUAAAGAAGUUUCAUAACUCUUCUCAAAGAUUAUGUUCUCCCCUUCUCUGGAUACAGAUCACACUUCUUAACCAUAAAAUGUGUGCUUUUCAUUUGAUCUCUUAAUUGCUUGUGUGGUCAUGUAAAUGGUUUGGUCUUAAAUGCUUACGUAGUUGGUAUUAGUAAUUCAAGUCUUGGAGGGUUUGAUAUGACUAUAUUGUUUAUUCAUUUCUACCUUCUCAGUUGUAGAUUGGAGGUUGUUGAAUAUCCUUUUUUUUGGUGUCACACUCUCGCUACUUGUUUGUUUAUCUAUGUUACCAUUUAUAUUUUAUAUUUAUAUUUUGUUAUAAUUUUUCUCAAA